AACCAAUUCCUCUCCAGUUGAUCAUCAGGUGUUCUCGAGUCAGAGAGCUGACCCAGUAGUCUGUUAGUGAUACUGCGAACUAACCUCUGGUAUCAUCAGGUGUAGCUAUUCGCAGCCUACAGCUAGGCAGUAUCAUGGCAUGCCUACUACUGUAUCUGGCUCCAUUGCUGCUGCUGCUGGUGAUGACGGUGAACUGUGGACAGGCUAUGGCCACACCAACACCAGUGGUGCCGGAUGAUGCCAAUACACCAGCUACGAUGGUCACUGAAGAUAUCACUUGCAUGACUGAAUGGCUACUGAUUGCCAACUCCAGUCGUGCAAGAGCUCUCACCAUUCCCAACACACCAGCCGCCAUACAAGCAAUGUUAGAUGAGAAGGUUGUCAAGCACCAAGACCAAUUCUUCUUAAGUCUCAUCUUGGGUUACGCACCCCAGCUUGCAGCAGACCUUAAACACUGCAUUCGUCGAAGGCCAUCAUGCCCCACAACGGAUUUAACAAGGCAUCUACCUUGCUCCGUUGCUGGAGAAUGUGUGUUCAACGCUACACUACAGUCAGCGGUGUGUGUUUGUCAAGCAGGAAUGACCGGAAUGAAGUGUGACGUAGAUAUUGAUGAAUGCAGUCGACCAGAUCUGAACAAUUGUGACCAACCGCCUGUAGCUUAUUGCAUUAACAGUUAUGGAUCAUUUGGGUGUGAGUGCAAUACAGGAUUUGAUGGCAACGGACGAGAAUGUGAGGACGUAGAUGAAUGUACAGCUGGUGUACAUCAGUGUAAUGAACAUGCAAUGUGUAAUAACACUGUGGGAUCAUACUCUUGUUACUGUCAAUCUGGGUACAAGGGAGAUGGUACUAACUGCCAAGUUGAUCUGUGCGGAUCAUCUGCAAACAGCGAGCUUUGCUACCAAAUCGAAGCGGUUAAAACCGACAACAAGCAUGUGGAAGAGAAACUGGAAGAAAGGGAUCUCCAAAUCAAUAAACUACUCUCCGACAUGAAAGUACUGACAACCAUAUUUGUCCAGCAGAAGACGAAGGUGGAUCAAAUGGAAAUUCAGACUAAAGAACACUUCAGGGACAUCCAGCAACAUUCUGCUAAGCAGUUUGAAUCAAUCAACGCCACUCUGCUGGAAGAAGGGCAAAGGACAAAGCAACACCUCAGGAACAUGCAGCUACAUUCUGCUCCACAGUUUGCUGCAAUCAAUGCCACUUUGACGGAGGAAGGACAGAAGACGAAGCAACAUUUCAAGUCUAUUAAGCAACAUUCUGUUGAGCAGCUUUCAACAAUCAGUGCUACUCUGCAGGAGGAAAGAAAGAAGUGCGGUAUUGUAUCAUGGAAGACAUUUACAAUGGAUACAUCGAGUAGUGUUAGAAACCCGUUCAGUGGAGUCGUGUUCAACAAGACUAGACCUGACACUGUUAUCAGAGUGGUGUACACAACCUCUAUUGGAUUUCAGCAUGGGGGCAAUAAUUGGCAUUGUGUGAAGGUGUCAGUGCGUAUCAACGGCAGAGACUGUUCAGACCCAGCCCCUAUCAGAAGUGGAAGCUCUGGUUCAACAGCCCACUUUCAAAUACAUGCUGGUGUUGUGAGUGGUAUUUGCAAUAUCAACACUUCAGGUCCGCUGUCGUUCUCUACACACAUAGAGGCACAAUGCGGUACAAGCGAUUAUCGCCUGGGUUACCACCCUGGUACAGGUACCCUCACAUCCACUCUGCAUAUCGAAGAACUUUGCAAUAAUCAACAGAACUAACUGUUUGCCUCCCAAUCCCUCUGCCCCCCCCCCCUCUCUACUCUCUCUCUCCCCUCUUUCCAUCUAUGUAGCAAUCUAGUAGUUUGUAUUGUUUUCUGGUAGUCGCCGUGGGGCAGGAAACAUGGCGUUAGAACAUGCAACUUGUCUCCCGUUAUUCUACAUUGUAUCCUGUCUGUAGAUCUUUCUAUCUAUUCACUCUCUCUAUUCACUCUAUCUAUUAUCUAUCUGCAUGUACCUAUACCUGUAUAUUCUGUCCAAGUUCAAUAUUUACUGCAUUCCAGCAAGGUACGUUUGGGCCUGGUUUAAAUCUGGCUUUGGAAAUUCUAUUUUUCAUUGCCAUAAGAUUCCGCCUCAUUUUCUCUGUGCUGCGCUGAUGAGUCUACAAAGGACGAAACAGUUCUGCCCGUAGAUUUUAAAAGCAUUUCGCUCCUCCUCUUGAGGUUGUAGCAGUUGA